AUGGGUCUGGCGCCCCAGCUGAUGGUCAGUCUGUUCUGCCUCCUAGCAUGCGCCGGCACCUUGGCCCGCGGGUGCAACCACUAUCCCUUGCAAGAAAUCAUCCAGGACCUGGACACGCUCUCAAGGGAAAAGACCCCCUGUGCCGAGCUGGCUGUCGCAGACGUCUUCGCUGACCCCAAGGGCACGGUGCAGGCCAGGCUGUGCGGGGCCUCGACGGUGCUGCACCGCACGUCCUACCUCGGCGCGGGGCUGUCCUGCUCGAACGGAGACAGGGAGUCGCUCUUCCUCACCCUCCUGAAGAGAGUCUACAGGAACCUCAGGAGCACGGUGCGGCAGAACUGUCCAGUGAGUGAACUCAAGCAGACGACGCUGAAAGACUUCUUGGAAAAUCUAAAAAGGAUUAUGCAGAAGAAAUAUUUAGAGUGUGGACGCUCAGCAUGCUCAAGAGACCUGAAGACGUAUGUCCACACAAACCCCUACACAAAGGUUCACAGCAGCAUUAUUCACAGAAGAAGAAAGGAGGAGCAACCGCAAAGUCCAUCCGCGGGCGGCUGGUACGUCAACACCACGGGAUGUUUCUGA